AUGGCGGACGCACCAGAUCUCGUUGCGCCAGAACCAGACAAGGAGAAGACGAAACUAACAGGAUGGAAAGAACACUGCCCUGGACCGACGUCGUCGCAGGCCGGGAAGGGAGACGCCUGCGCGGGAUGUCCGAACCAGGCGAUUUGUGCUUCCGCCCCCAAGGGCCCUGACCCGGAUAUUCCGCUCAUCACUGCACGGCUGGCAUCGAUCAGGCACAAGAUUCUCGUGCUAUCCGGCAAAGGAGGAGUGGGCAAGUCGACCUUCUCGACCCUGCUGGCACACGCCAUUGCGUCGAACCCGCAGUCGACUGUGGGCAUCAUGGACGCCGACAUCUGCGGGCCCUCCAUCCCCAAGAUGAUGGACGUCGAAGCAGAGACGAUCCACGUCAGUUCAGACGGCUGGAACCCCGUCUGGGUGUCGGACAACUUGGCUGUCAUGAGCAUCCAGUUUAUGCUGCCCAACCGCGACGACGCCGUCAUCUGGCGCGGGCCCAAGAAGAACGGACUCAUCAAGCAGUUCCUCAAGGACGUCGAAUGGGGGGAAAUGGACUACCUGAUUGUCGACACCCCGCCGGGCACCUCGGACGAGCAUCUCUCCGUUAACUCACUGCUGAAGGAGUCCGGAGUGGACGGAGCGGUGCUGGUGACCACGCCGCAGGAGGUGUCACUGCUCGACGUGCGCAAGGAAGUCGACUUCUGUCGCAAGGCAGGUAUACGUAUUCUCGGGCUGGUGGAGAACAUGUCAGGCUUUGUCUGUCCAAGCUGCAAGCACCAGUCUGACAUCUUCAAGGCGACCACUGGCGGAGGCAGACAGCUGGCAGCAGACCUGGACAUUGACUUCCUGGGCUCGAUACCGCUCGACCCGCGAGUGGGCAUGGCCUGUGACUACGGCGAGAGCUUCAUCGACAGCUUCCCGGACAGCCCCGCGACGCUGGCCUUGAAAUCCGUCGUCGGACAGGUUGGCACUCUCUUGGGUGACCAAGCUGUCCUCUGA